GCAAAAGACAAGUCUACGCACUAUCGCAACCUCGAAUUCAAGCUUCGCGGCUCUCAUACAACGAUCAACAACCGUCCAGUCCCAACCUACACACUCUCGAGUCCUCAUCAGCUUUGCGACACUGGUCCUCCCCUCCACGACCCUGACGACCAGCCAGACCAGAGCAUUCGCAUAACACUCCCCUCAACGGUGCAUGGCGGCCAGGUGGUAGCAACAACGAUGAGCGUCCUCUUGACAUCACGGCAGGCUGAAGAGCUCCAUAAGUCUCUCAUCGCGUACCUCCUCUCCACAGGCCACGCCGACAGCGCGCAAGUCCUGCGCGAUAACUUGAACCUCCCCGAAAGCGACUUCGAUGCAGCGACCGCAAAGAAAUAUGAAGGUCUCCUGGAGAAGAAGUGGACGAGUGUGGUGCGAUUACAGAAGAAGAUAAUGGAUCUCGAGGCCCGGUCGCAACAACUACAACAAGAGCUGGACAGCGCUACACCAUCUUCACUCGCCGCACGGAAGAAUCACGAUCCGCAGACAUGGCUACCGAGAGCGCCUGCACGGCACACCCUCAUGUCACAUCGACAACCCAUCACAUGCGUCGCAUUCCACCCCUUGUUCUCCAGCUUGGCCUCAGGGAGUGAAGACUGCACCAUCAAGAUCUGGGAUUACGAGCUGGGAGAGCUGGAGCGGACACUCAAAUCACACACAAAAGCAGUGCUAGACGUCGACUUUGGCGGUCCUCGAGGCAAUACCCUCCUCGCAAGCUGCAGUUCGGACCUCACAAUCAAGCUCUGGGAUCCCGCAGAAGAGUACAAAAACAUCCGAACACUUCCCGGGCACGACCACAGUGUGAGCUCCGUCCGCUUCAUUCCCUCUGGAGCAGCUGGCGCACCACUCUCCGGCAAUCUUCUUGCCUCUGCCAGCCGCGAUAAAACCAUUCGCAUCUGGGACGUCACAACAGGCUACUGCCUCCGCACUCUCCGCGGCCACAACGACUGGGUGCGCUCUUUAUCUCCAACCUUCGACGGCCGCUGGCUGCUCUCCACCUCAUCCGAUCAGACAAGCCGCAUGUGGGACCUCUCGCAACCUGAUUCCAAUGCGCAAAAGCAGACUUUCAUGGGUCACGAGCAUGUUGUUGAGUGCUGCGCUUUCGCUCCUCCUGCUGCAUACGUACAUCUUGCAUCUCUCGCGGGAGUGAAGAAGCCUCCCGCAUCGACUAGCAGCGCCGAGUAUCUCGCAACAGGAGGCCGCGAUAAGCUGAUCAAACUCCACACCGCGAACGGCGUUUGCAUCAAGACUCUCACCGGCCACGAUAAUUGGAUUCGAAGUCUGGUGUUUCAUCCAGGUGGGAAGUACCUUCUAUCCUGCAGCGACGAUAAGACGAUUCGAUGCUGGGAUCUCGCACAAGAGGGCAAGUGCGUGCGGGUCGUGGAGGCGGCGGAUCAUUUCGUGAGCUGUCUGCGGUGGGCGCCGAGUCUGUAUAAGGAGGCCGGCGCUGCAGGGGACACGAAUGGAGGACUGACGAAUGGGAGUGGCAAAGAGGAGGCGCAAAAGGAGCAGAUCAGGUGUCUGAUUGCGUGCGGGAGUGUGGAUCUGAAUGUGAGGGUGUUUAGUGCGUGA